AUGGCAGCACUCAUACAAACAAUAGCAGUCCUGGACAAUUCUGGCAAGGCGAUUAGCACAAGCAAGCAUCUUGUCAAUGUCUUCAGAGAAGCUAAAGCUGCGUAUCGCGAAAGAAAAGCUGAAGUCGUCGCUGGCCGACACUACGAAAUCGAAGACAGGAAAGCCCGCAAGGGUCUAGAAGCAGCUACAGUCUACGAUAAUCGCCCUGCAGCAGGCCCCCGAAAACAUUCCCGGCCACAUCACGGCAAUCGCAGAUCAUCCACUGACCAUCGACGCCCAGAAGAGGCCUCUAGAAGCGAGUCAAACACGAUCUACCCAUCAUCACACAACCGUUUUUCGCAAGAACUUCGCACUCCACAUUCUCCAACGUUCCCGCACCAGGAGCUUACAAGAAGACACUCCGGUCUGGACGACGUUAUUGUGUCACGAGCCCCACGCCUUCCACCCCGAUCCAUGACUUCUCCCUCGUCGCCUUCAUCAAUCAUAGAUAUGGACCUGGCAUAUGGCCCUAUACCUCCACCUCUCCCUGUGGCGAAUCCGGCCGACGACUCUGAAUUCAAAGGCCUCGUCAACAAAGUGAAGGCUCUCCUAGAAGAAGCGGAUUGCCUACAGUAUUCCGUAUCCGCAACAAUAGCCUCCUUACAGAAGAACCCUGACGCUAUGGCCGCUGUCGCUCUCACGCUGGCCGAGAUCAGUAAUAUCGCUACAAAGAUGGCGCCAGGCGUCCUUGUCACCAUGAAAGGCAGCGCUCCAGCAGUUUUCGCCUUGCUCGCGAGCCCACAAUUCCUGAUCGCUGGCGGUGUUGCUGUGGGAGUUACAAUCGUUGCACUAGGUGGGUACAAGAUCAUCAAAAAGAUAAGGGCGAACAACGCCGUGGAGGAUCCGGGGAUGGAUGAAAUGCUGGAAAUCGGAGGAGAUGUCAGCGCGAUUGAUAAUUGGAGAAGAGGCAUUGCAGAAGCAGAAGAGCAGAGUUUGGGGACGAGCGUGGAUGGGGAAUUUAUUACUCCAGAGGCAUUCACGCUGUCGAAGUCCAACCUAAACGACAAGAGCGCCUCAGAGACCAGAAGAAAGGAAGUUGGGAGUGGAAGCAAGAAGUCGAGCAGUGCCAAGGGCGCAAGUGAGACAUCAUCAAAGACAGGCUCCAAAGGAAGCUCAAGGGGAAGCUCAAGGGGAAGCUCGAAGGAGAGUGAGCAGGGAGGGUCUAAGGGAAAGAGAGAGAAAAAAGCCAAGAAACCCUCCCCUCUACGAUUAAUGUUUACAUAA